AUGAACAUGCCCACAGGCUCACGCGCUAUGGAUUCGCUCCUCGGUGGCGCGCAGGGCCGCGGCGAGGAGGUUGUUCUGCCCGACAACGGUGAGACUGUCCAUAUUUCGUCCCUCGCGCUCCUCAAGAUGCUCAAGCACGGCCGUGCCGGUGUGCCCAUGGAGGUGAUGGGCCUGAUGCUGGGCGAGUUUGUCGACGACUACACUAUCUCGUGUGUCGAUGUCUUUGCGAUGCCGCAGUCGGGUACGACCGUGACUGUCGAGUCCGUCGACCACGUCUUCCAGACCAAGAUGCUGGACAUGCUCAAGCAGACUGGUCGCCCCGAGAUGGUUGUCGGCUGGUACCACUCGCACCCCGGCUUUGGAUGCUGGCUGUCGUCUGUCGACGUCAACACCCAGCAGUCGUUUGAGGCUCUGCACCCUCGCGCCGUUGCCGUCGUCAUCGACCCUAUCCAGUCGGUGCGCGGCAAGGUCGUGAUUGAUGCCUUCCGCUCCAUCAACCCGCAGUCCUUGAUGACUGGCCAGGAGAGCCGACAGACCACUUCGAACAUUGGCCACCUCAACAAGCCCUCGAUUCAGGCGCUGAUCCACGGCCUGAACAGGCACUAUUACUCGCUCGCAAUCGAAUACCGCAAGACCGAGGCCGAGCAAGGUAUGCUGCUCAACCUGCACAAGCGCGGUUGGACCGAGGGCCUCAAGCUCAAGGACCACGAGGAGCGCGAAAAGGAAAACGAAAAGACUGUCGCCAACAUGCUCAAGCUCGCCACCAGCUACACAAAGAGCGUCCAGGAGGAGGCUACUUUGACUCCGGAGCAGCUCAAGACCCGUCACGUCGGAAAGCUCGACCCCAAGCGCCAUCUCGAGGAGGCUGUUGAGCAGAGCCUCGGCGACCAGGUUACCCAGAGCUUGGCGAUGGGUGUGCUGGCCGAGCUCUAA